AUGCCUGCUGGAAUCUUUAACUCCACAUACUACGGCAAGGAUUACCGAGCGGGCGCUGCCCUCUUGCGUGCCCGUCGCCCAUAUCUCUUCAAGAACUCCCUGACCGGAUUGGGUCUCAUUGUCUUCUCAAUUACCGUUUAUGCCUACACUAUCCGUGCCGUCGGUCAGGAAGAGUUCUCUGACGUGAAGGUCCCUGAUGCCCCCGCGAAGCCUCUACCGCAGCAGAAAUAA